CCUACGUCUAAUUGCUUCAUUUAUUUAUAUAGCUAUGGUUCUACUAUGUCGAAAUUCUCGUUCGCUCCUGCAUGAGUCAGUUGCAUGCGCACUUUCCAAGCAAGCGUCAAGCCCGUCAAAUAUUCGGAGGCUGUCUUCAGCUAUCCCAACACCACCGCGCCAGGUUAUAUUUUCCGGCAUACAGCCAACCGGCAUUCCUCAUCUUGGAAACUACCUUGGUACUCUUAAGCAAUGGGUGGAUCUACAGGAUUCGGUUCCUUCGGAAACCAAACUAAUAUACUCCGUCGUGGAUUUGCAUGCCAUCACCGUACCGCAAGAUCCUCAGCGUCUCAGGCAAUAUAAACGCGAGGUCUUAGCUACUCUUUUAGCUAUAGGCAUAAGGCCAGAGAGAUCGAUAUUAUUUUACCAGUCCUCGGUCCAAGCACAUGCUGAGCUGAUGUGGAUAUUAAGCUGCACAGCUUCAGCAGGCUAUCUGUCUCGUAUGACACAGUGGAAGAGCAAGCUCUCGCUAGCGGAGGAUGCGAAUGCAAUGGACACGGGCAGCAAAGCCAAGUUAAAGCUUGGGCUCUUUUCGUAUCCAGUUCUACAAGCCGCAGAUAUUCUGGUCCAUAGGGCCACUCACGUACCAGUUGGAGAGGACCAAAGCCAGCACCUGGAGUUCGCACGCGAAUGCGCAACCAACUUCAACCACACAUACCAGCCUUAUCUAAUUGCUCCACAAACUAUCCUAUCACCUGCCAAACGAGUAAUGUCGCUACAAGAACCUCAUUUGAAAAUGUCCAAAUCACACGCAAACCCUCUUUCAAGGAUUUUGGUCACCGACUCACCCCAAGAAAUCAAGAAGAAAGUAAUGGCCGCAAGAACAGACUCCAUCAAUUCCGUGUCGUUCGAUCCCGUUGGCCGGCCAGGCGUCUCGAACCUCCUACAUCUCUUGUCCAUCUUGAACAAGCAAUCUCGAAGCCCGGAAGAGCUAGGAACGCUCCACGCCGGCUUGAGCUUGAAAAAUUUCAAGACUUUGGUAGCUGAAGCUGUGGCAGAAUCCCUUGAUGGGAUCAGUGCUCGCUAUAACGAGGUGAUGACCCGCGACGAUGGCAAGUAUCUCGAUCACGUGGAGAAGAAAGGGGCUGAAAAGGCUCGGGAGAGUGCCGAGGAAACGAUGGCACUUGUGAGAGAAGCUAUCGGCUUUUAAAACUGAAGCUACGGCAACUUCGCAGUGACACGGAGAGGUUGGGGCUCUAGCUUAUUGGCAAAGGCAAGGAGGUCGACUUCUUGAAAUUGGAGGGCCUGGGAUGGCCCUCCUCAUAAUCUUGACACAACCACUUACUGUAUAUUACAUGUAAAACACUCUGUAUACCAAAAUAUUAGACUGUUCACUAGUAUAUCCUACUUGAGUUACGGGC